UUCGGUUAUUACGAAAUUGAUAACGUUAAAAGAUAACAUGAGGUUUCAAUGUAAAAUUGUCCGAUUUCAUGCUAUCUGUAAAAGAAGUAGGGCAUUUUGAGUAUACGCACACUAAACAUGCAUAAUGACAGGAGUACUGAAAAAGUGUAAGUCACUUGUGUUUGGACCAGGCUUGUUUAAAAAUGAUGAUGAUCGUCGCAGGACGACCUCAGAGAAUUGUUCUGACAAGGAAUUGUUGGAAGAAAUACCGGAAUAUAACAAGACUCGGAGGGUAACCUUUGCUGAUAUUGGAGAGCUUCACACAAAAUUUGCUCCAAAAUCUACGUGGUCUUUAAACGGUGGUGGUGUUACAAAUGUCGGCUAUAUUCAUAGAAAUUGUGCCGAACACAUUCCUUUGAAAAAUGAACAAGACAUCUUACAGGAGUCGGAAUCUCCUGCUGAAAGUGUCAUGUGUCAUGUCUCUGUUUUACAAACACCAGAUGGCACUGGGAAGCUAGAGUCAAGAAAUUGUGAUCCCCUGGAACUGACCUUUGGCAAGCGAGGAAAAGAUAUUGGAGAGUUUCAGGAUGCCACCGGAAUAAUAUACAUUUCACGUGAUCAAAUACUGGUUACUGAUAUGGUAAACAACAGAUUGCAAAUGUGUAAUAUAAGCGGAGAAACGUCCACAGUGUAUAGUGGUGAUGACAUUUCCGAACCUUGGGAUGCAUGCACGACAAAUAACGGUCAUAUCGCUUUCACGUCAAGACGACGGAAAUGUGUAGUUAUUAUGUCUAAAGAAGGAGAUAUUUUAUGGUCUUUUGGUGCCAAUUUCUUCGACUGUCCUUGUGGGAUAUGUAUUGAUGCAGACGGCAAUUUUAUAGUGACAGACGUCUGUUUAAAUCGUGUUUCGAUUCAUGACAACGCUGGCCAAUUUCUUAAGUACUUAGGUAAUCCUAAAAUAGCAGAGCAACAAUUUUCCAAACCACGUUACGUCUGUUCAUCAUCAUGUAACGAUUUAAUUGUUUCUGAUUCAGGUAAUCAUCGUAUCAAGCUUUUCGACAAAAAUGGCCAUUUUAUACGUUCUAUUGGGAAAUUUGGAAAGGGAGACGGUGAGCUUAAGACACCGUAUGGAAUAUGUAAUGACAGCUUCGGUCAUAUUUUAGUUGCGGACCAUUACAACAACCGAGUAUCCAUGUUCACGAGAGAGGGAGCCUUUGUUUGUCACGUGAUAGAGGAGCGUUAUUGCGUCAAACAUCCAAAAGGACUAGCACUUAGUCCAGAUUUAAACUUAUUUGUCACGAGUGGCAAUUUAAAGGCAUGCGAAAUUAAAGUUUACAAGCUUAAAUGUUCAGAUCCAACUGUUAUUGUUCACGUAUGAAACUUUUCAUUCUAUCAAUGAGUUCUCAUUCUAUAAAUGAGUCCAUAUUAUUUGUAUAUUCUUUAUUCAUUGCACAAAGCGAUUUUACAUGUAACUAUAAACUUUUCUUUGAAAAGGCACUUCGCUUCUUUUUCAUUUUAGAUCAAGCCUUGAACGAGUCAAAAUUUAAAAUGUUUGCUCAGAGAUUGUGAUACCAGACAUCUUGAAAUAAUGAAACGUUUUUUUCUAAUGACAACAGUCCUUGAUUUCCUAUACGUUCAUCAGUUCUUAAAACUAUCAAUGUCCGAAUUUCAGAUGUUCUGAACUUUUUGAUAAUCCUUAUAGAUUUCCUUACCACUAACUAUAUGUAUGUUUUCAUUUAAUAAAAUUGUUUAAAAAAGA